AAAAAUUAUAGAAAACACAGAAACUACUUACGCAGUUUCUGUCUUCCUUCUCUAGAGAAGGAAGACAGAAACUAAGUCAAAAAUUAUAGAAAACACAGAAACUACGUACGCAGUUUCUGUCUUCCUUCUCUAGAGAAGGAAGACAGAAACUAAGUCGUCAGCUCCUCCAUUAAAACGCCUAUAAAGCAUCUCGUCCCCCCUCUUAUCGAUAUUACUCCAAAACAUUUGGAAUUCAGAGACCCCCUAAAUCGUACGUUCAGUAUCACUAAUUCGCAGAUACGCAAAACUCACGUACGCAUUUGCCGGCCACUGUAUACAUAUAUAUUUAUUAUAAGAAACAACCGGAAACCCGUCAAGAAGAAUGCUUUCGCCGUAAUCCGAACGGAUUCGCAGCCCCUCUGCAGAACGGAGACGGACAAGGACGGCGGGCGCUAUCCCUACUGAAUUGAAAAGCACAACGUGGAAAUCCCACUGCAUGCGCGGUUUAUAACAGUAGAGACCAGAAAAAGGUGAUAGCCAGAGACUAGAAUCUUUUUAACGGAUGAAGUUGGUAAGAGAAAGCCCACCAAGUUCGUGGACGGCCAUGGCUGGCGGUCCAACCACCAUGGCCAUGGCGGACCACACCUCUGGGAUGUUUCUGAAAGACGAGUACAGACUCCGAAGUCCAAGCUUUAAUUUACAAUCCGGACAAGGCUCUUCAAGUGUUGGUGAAACUUUUUCGGAUCUUCCUGUUUCCGGGAGCCCAAGAAGGGUUUCGGAUGUCGACCUACAGGUUGGGCCUGACCCUUUAACUGUUGAUGAGACUCUGAUUGAUAUUGUUUCUGAGGGCCCAAGUAAGAUUUUGGAUGUCGAUUCACAAGUUGGGCCAGGCCUUUCAGCUGUUGAUGACAAUCUGAUGGGUCAUAUUUCCAAGAGCCCAACUAGUAUUUUGGAUGUCGAACCUCAAGCUGGGCUAGGCCCCCCAACGGAUGAGAUCCCGCUGGAACACAUUUCUGAGAGCCCAAGUAUUGAUUUUGAAGCUAGGCAACGUCAUCCAACUAUUGAUGAGGUUUCGAGGGAUCAAGUUCAAGGUCUUCCUAGCUUGGAGGUGUACUUUGUGGUAAGCCUCGUUACGUACAUGAAGCAAAUAUUUUCUCAUUGAAAUUUUAUAAAAUUUAAUUUUGCCAGCAUAGGAUGGUCUUGUACGUAGUUCAGCUAUGCAGUUAAUCAUGAUGACCUAGAUCGAUCUCAGCCACCACCCCAUGACUAGGGAUGAUAUCGAUCGCACAACCAGUACCUUUGUGUUAAUUUCUUUUCUAAUUUUUAAUCUUAACCAUAUAUAUAUAGUUUGUCUUUUGGGUUAAUUUUCAACAUUUCUCAGUUUUAUAUUUUUAAUGUUAAAACGAGAUGAUAAAGUGCAUAUUGAUAUUGAAUUUAUAGGUUGAAGCUUUUGAUCUCUUUGUUGACCUUUUGGUGCUCAUCCUAGAGAUCUCACAAGUUAUGGUUAUCAACAGCACACUCCUUGGGUGGGUGCUGUUGUGGUUUAAUAUCAACAGUUGCCUUACAAAGUGGACUUUGCUUGUUUGGAUUAGUGCAAGAGGCACAAGUGCACCAUUUAUUUCUGCCUGUUUCUUUCUACCCAAUGGACAGAUAUACAAGAGCAUUUAUGUCUACAUAGAACCCUCUGCAGCAAUAAUGCAGGUUAUAUUCUCAGCUGCUUCUAUUAUAGUGAAGUUUCCACGGCGUAUUCUUCUUCUGCAACUUCUUUUAUCUACAGCUAUGGUCUCCUCGAAAGUGACUAUGACAUGUAAUAGGACUAGUCAUUCCUUCUAGGAAAUAGAUUCAUAUUGUUGAGGAAAAAAUGAGUUGGUUGGCAUAUUCUUAUGAAAACUUGGGUAAAAUAGUGUUGAAACAAGUGUUGAAGUGGUGUAACAUGAAAAAGAAUAAAAUGUGCUCAACAUGGCUUGAGUAGAACUCAAAACAGAGAGUUCACUCGACUGAAGCUCAAGUGAGACCCUUCUAGAGUGGGUCACUUGAUGUGCGCUCGACAUGGCGCUCGAGUGAUACCCUUCCAGAGUGAGUCGCUCGAUAUGCACUCGACGUUUCGCUUGAGCAACUUCUGAAAGACAACGUGCGCUCGACUCUUGCUCGACACUUCACUUGAGCCAAUGUUUCAGACUACUUAAAAUUUAGGGUUUUGAGAGCCUCUUUUACUUGGGACUAUAAAUAGAACAGCUUGCUUAUGUUCUUAAGUGUGGAGAUCAGAGCAAACCCUAAGUGCUUCCAAGAGCUUUUGAGAGGAACCUUUUCCCCACAUGGUUGAUUCUCAUUUGGAUAAACACAUCUCCACCACACCACACUCCAGAUCAAACUUUAUAUGAGUCCAUUGAAGUGGACGUAUUCAUUGGUCGGAAGAGUCCGAAGCUGCUAUUGAUGCAGAGAUCGAUAGGUUAUCGUGGGAAGCUAUAGAAAGGUCGGAGUUUCGGCACCACAUGCGUGUAGAGAUCAAGUGGGUCACUUGUGGUGUUGCAAGCCAAGUUUAUCUACUACAAAAGUUUUGUGAGAGUCUCUAAAUUGGUUAUAACAAACUUAUUUUCUAUAUUGAAUUUUAGGUGGUGUCUUAUACCUGGAGUGGUUUUAGAUUUUGAAGACGUUCUAAUGAGUUUCCACUUCAUGAUCAAAGCACUAUGUUGAUUAUUUGUUAUUUGAUUAAUUGUUUGUUUGACUAUAAUUUUGAAAAGACCAUCAAAAUUGGAUUACACCUAUUCACCUCCUCUACGUGUAGUGAUUGGUAGAACCACUACUUUUUCAAUUGGUAUCAGAGCGAGUUUACUCCGCUAGGAUUCAGUUCCUGAGUAUGAUCCUGCUGUAAUGGUUUAUAUGGAUAGGUCUCAAUCUCCCACAUCACCGUCAUAUUUUGAUGGGAGCAACUAUGCUUAUUAGAAAGUUUGAAAGAGAGCGUUCCUAAAGUUUGUGGAUGAACAAGUGUGGGUUUUCAUAUCAAAAGGAUGGAAAGAACUAAUAGCUAUCAUCGAAGGAGUUCAAACCCCCAAAAGUGUGGAAAAUUACUCUAAGGAUGAAAUAAAUGAGUAUGGUUGGAAUAGUAAAGACUUGAAUGAGAUUUUCAUUAGGAAGUUAUAGCUCUAAUACCAUUUAUAAUGCCUCAUUGGAAGGCCCAAACCACAUGGCCUAUACUCCAAAAGAACUAGUCAAUAAUACAAUUGGAGCCUCAUUGGAACCUUAUAAAGAGCAAAAACUUUUCAUUCCCAAGCAAUGUGGGAUCUCAUACACCACCUACCCAUAUCCUUUUCAUAUGAGGUAUUACAAUCUACCCCUUUAAAUGCCCGACAUCCUCAUCGGGCCUAUUUGUUGUAGGUGGCACGGUUUAAGUCCUACAUUUCUGGUGGGAUAGGCUCUGGUCGGGAAUUAACUCAUCACUUUAUACUAUUUGUAACACCCCAAUAGAAGGCUGAUUGAGUUGAAUUAUUGCAUUUUUAAUGCUUUUGGAACCAAUAUAUAUUAAUUCUUUCAUUACUUUA